CGAAGGAUUCAGACCAUUCCCAUGUAGCUUCCUCCUCUGGUACCCCCAGCCAUUUCACCAAAAACUGCACUCCAGCCUUGUUUGCUUUUUUCUGGAUCCUUCUAAAGAGAAUAGCUUCAGGAAGAGGAUGACUUUGACUAUUUGUGCCCUGGAACCAGUAAGGAAUGUGUGGCUCAGCAGAAAGGAAGUCUGGUUUUGAGAUUCUCUGAAGAAAAUAUGUCUUGGGGAAGAUCUCCAUAUUCACUUGAUGAUGAUAGAAAUAUGGGUUCUCGUUUUCCUUCUUGUAAAUCCAGUUUGCACUUGAAGGGUAAGUUUCCAAACGACAAAAAUGUAUCUCGCAAAAGGCCGAAUGAUAGUAAUGCUGGAAAAAAUGAACUUGUUCCAAAGAAAAGAGCUUCUGGUUUAGGCGACGAAGUGAACUCUUUGUCUGGUAUGCAUUCCUGGGAUGCUUUGCUGCAGAAGAGAGGCACUGUCCAAGAAGCAAAGCAUGCCGAUGAUGGCAAAGGUAUGCCAACACAGAAGAAAGGUUUUUCUCCGGGCGAGUGUUUGAAUUCUCAUUCAAGCUGGCCUUCUUGGAACUCCUGUCUGCAAAUGGACAGAAGUGCUGAUGAAGCCACAAAUUCCGCAUCAGAUGCCUGCCAAAAUUCUCGUUCUGCUGUGCAGUCUUGGAACUCCUGGCUGCAAAACAGAUGGGGUGCAGAACAUUCUAAAGAUUCAUCUCAGAAAAGGGUUUCCAGAUCAGGCGAUCGCGGUGGAUCACAUUACAAUAAGCCUCCAUUGAAAUCUGGGAAAGAGAAUUGAUUGUGAAGAAGAUAAAGCAUUAGGUGAUGGAGGUUACAAAUCUAGCAACAGGACUUCUAUAUGGGUUUCUCCAGGAUCACAAGUGAAAACUUCUGAUAGAGUGACCAAGGAUGUUUCUUGGAAAAGAUCAAACAAUUCUUCUGAUCACUUGCAAGUUCCUUCCAAUAGGCUUGCUUGGGAAUCUGAGUUACGAAUAAGAAAUAAUGCUGAAGGAUUAAAAAGCACUCUUGAAAAAACCACAUCUAAAGUAAUUAAGAGUCUAAAAAAGAAUGACUCGACUAGAGACAGAACUGACAGGAGGGAAGAAAGCUCAGCAGAUAAUGCAAGACCUGACAGAAGCAGAAGUAAUCUGAAAAACUCUUGCUCCGGAUCAGAAGACAUGUCUGAUACCAAAGCAUGUACUCCAAAAUCCCUUCAAGAGAGGAGUAACAGUCGCGAUGAAGCUAAUGAUGGACUAUUGCAAGGAGGCAAUUCAAUUCCUGCUGCUGAAUCUCCUUCUGAAUUGCCUUCUCAAAAUUCUGAUGUACAAAAAAUAAAUGAUAAUAAAGAAGUCACGCAUGGAUGUAGAAAAGAAGCAGCCGUCCAUCCAUCUAUUCUGCCCUCAAGAAAUCUUGAAGAGCAAGGAAAAGGAGACGGAGAAGACGCUAGUGAUGUGCACAACAAAGGGGUAAUGAUUUGCAUAGAUGGUCAGGCAUGUACUAGUAUCCCUU